AACAGAUGAUACAUUAAGGAACAUACGCGCCCACACAUUCGAGGCAAGGGGAGUUGGGUUCACCAUGUACAGUAAAGUAUCCCCUACAAAGACAAAGGAGUAUAUUGUCCAGGCAGAUCGACAUAAAAGGGAGAAUUAACCCCAUGACUUCGAGCCGCAUCGAGUUAAAAAGCAUGGACGGCGUGGAAAUCACCAUGUCCUGCGCCAUGGCCCUUGCGAUCGACCCACCAGCCCAUGUUCUUCAGGAGAACGCCGAUUAUGGGAUUGUGUACCAGUACAACGUAAUAAUGGUAACCAUCUCCGUCAAUUGGGCUGAUAACUACCGACUGUAUGAAGUGUGCACUCUUGUGAACCCCGUCGUUAAUUGGUGUGGAUUGGAGUUAACUUAUCAGGUCCCUUCCCGUCUGCCUUCCCGGUACCAAUGCUGCCAUUGCAGACCUUUCAACGUCUUCGCCAUUUUGAAACAACCAAGAAGCCUUUUGGCGGACGUAGAAUUCAAUUGUAAAGUUAUGCAGGAGAAGGUAAAAUUAACAGUAGCAGCGCAAGAUAUCAGAAGACAUAACAGAGACAUUUUCAAUUUGUUGCUGACCACAAUGGAAGAUGAAGAUAUGUUGUGCCUGAAGACCAUGGCAAGUGGCAGAACUCUCCCAGAAUUACGUGGGUCUUCAGUAUCGUCAAUGGAAGUUAAAAAAGGCAGUGAAACCAGUGGCGUUUUUAGCUUAUCGCACGCCGGAAUAAUGAGCGAGAAAAGAGCAGAGCGUGUAUUCAACCUCAGAAAAGAAACGCAAGUCUGCCCCAUUGUGGAAGAGAACGACAGACUGGAUGGCAAUAACAAAAUUUACUAUGAAUAUUCUUUUCCUGAACGAAAGCGAAUUCGAUCUAAAAGGAUUUCCGUAAAGCAACAAGAAGUCUAGUAAAUGGAUGCUGUGUCGGAUCAUUAAAUAAGGAUUCGUUACCAAAGACGUGGUGCAGUUGCCAGCGUUGUAAAUUAAAGUGAUUUCAAAGAAUGUAUGCAUGAUACCCAGCACGUUUUUUUUUUUCAAUUAAAAACGAAUUAUUGUUAUGAGACGCACUGGUACUGACUUGAU